AUGGCUCCUUUUGAAGCUCUAUACGGCCGGAAAUGUCGCAGUCUAUUGUGCUGGAAUGAUAUUAGCGAGACGGUUACUUUGGGACCGCAAAUGAUUGAAGAUACCGUGAAUCAAGUAAGAUAUAUUCGUGAGAAGAUGAGGGAGGCCCAGGAUCGUCAAAAGGCCUAUGCAGAUCAAAAUAGAAGAGAUAGCGAAUAUCAAGUAGGCGAAAAAGUCUUACUAAAGGUGUCACCUAUGAAAGGGGUGAUGCGUUUUGGGCAAAAAGGAAAGCUUAGCCCGAAGUUUAUAGGUCCGUAUGACAUCAUUGAAAGAAUUGGAAGAUUGACUUAUCGUUUAGAUUUGCCAAAUAACUUGGGAAAGGUGCAUAAUGUGUUCCAUGUAUCCCAACUAAAGAGAUAUGUGCCCGAUAAGUCUCACGUAUUAGAUCCCGAGAUUAUAGAAGUGGAUGAGACACUUUCUUUUGAAGAGAGACCAAUAAAGAUCUUGGACUCUAAGGUGAGGAGUACAAGAAACAAAGAUAUAAAGAUACUCAAGGUUUUGUGGUCUAACCAGCGUACCGAAGAGGCUACCUGGGAGGCUGAAGACGAGAUGAGAAAGAAGUAUCCUGAGCUCUUUGACUAG